GCGGCGGCGGAGCAGCGCUACGGAGCCGCUCGCAGAUUGAGGCCGAGGUGCUGAUCCGGGCGCUGCCGACCCCAGCUGCCAGGAGGAAUCCAUGAGCAGACAACCUUGGAUAUGGACAUCGUCCUGUCGGAUUUUGUUCGCUCGACAGGGGCAGAGCCAGGACUGGCCAGAGACCUGCUGGAAGGUAAAAACUGGGAUCUGAGUGCAGCACUGAGUGACUUCGAGCAGCUACGGCAGGUGCACGCAGGGAAUUUGCCACACUCCUUCAACGAGGGCCGCAGCUACAAACCCCCAGAGAAGGAGGCAGCCCGGCCCGGGCGACCACCGCUGCAGCGGCAGGAUGACAUUGUGCAGGAAAAGCGCCUGUCUCGAGGCAUUUCCCACGCCAGCUCCACCAUUGUCUCCCUGGCCCGCUCCCACGUCUCCAGCAACGGCAGCAGUGAGCACCUGCUGGAGAUGCCCAUCUCCACCUUCCAGCUGCCCGACCUCACGGUGUACACAGAGGAGUUCCGCAGCUUCAUCGAGCGAGACCUCAUCGAGCAGUCAAUGCUGGUGGCACUGGAGCAGGCUGGUCGUCUGAACUGGUGGGCGAACGUGGAUCCCAGCUGCCAGAGGCUGCUUCCCCUGGCCACCACGGGUGAUGGGAACUGCCUGCUCCAUGCUGCGUCCCUGGGUAUGUGGGGUUUCCACGAUAGAGAUCUCGUGCUUCGCAAAUCCCUUUAUGCCUUAAUGGAUAAAGGUGUGGAAAGGGAAGCCCUGAAGCGGCGCUGGCGUUGGCAGCAGACACAGCAGAACAAGGAGUCCGGUCUGGUUUACACCGAGGAGGAGUGGCAGAAGGAGUGGAAUGAGCUGAUCAAGUUGGCCUCCAGCGAACCUCGCGUGCACUACGGCACCAACGGAGGCGGCUGCGGAGGUGUUGAAAGCUCCGAGGAACCCGUGUAUGAGAGCCUGGAGGAGUUCCACGUUUUUGUGCUUGCCCAUGUGUUGAAAAGGCCCAUCGUGGUGGUGGCAGACACGAUGCUGCGAGACUCAGGGGGAGAAGCCUUUGCCCCUAUUCCCUUUGGAGGUAUCUACCUUCCCCUGGAAGUUCCAGCCAACAAAUGCCACCGCUCUCCGUUGGUACUGGCAUACGACCAAGCCCAUUUCUCUGCCCUGGUAUCCAUGGAGCAGAAGGAGUCCACGAAAGAUCAAGCUGUGAUCCCCCUGACAGACUCUGAGCAUAAGCUGCUCCCCGUGCACUUUGCAGUGGAUCCUGGGAAGGACUGGCAGUGGGGAAAGGAUGACGGUGACAACGUCAAGCUGGCCAGCGUGACGCUCUCGUUGGAAGCAAAGCUGCACUUGCUGCACAGCUACAUGAAUGUUAAAUGGAUCACGUUGCCUUGUGACAUGCAGGCGCCUUUGGCCCAGCCGGAAUCCCCCACAGCCUCAGCAGGGGACGAUGCCCGUUCAGCUGCGGAGUCGGGAGAGUCAGACAAGGAGUCGGUCUGCAGCAGCUCAGCAAGCAACGGGGGCAGCAGGGGCUGCAAGGACAAAGAGAAACCAAAGAAAGACCGAGAAAAGGACAAGGAAAAGGAUAAGAAACGGGCCGACUCGGUUGCCAAUAAGCUGGGCAGCUUUGGCAAGACUUUGGGAAGUAAGCUAAAAAAGAACAUGGGUGGGUUGAUGCACAGCAAAACUAUCAAGGGAGGUGUGAGCAACGGGCAGGGGGACACCCUGGAGAAGAAGAAAAAGGGAUCCUUGAAGACGAGGAAAGGCAGCAAGGAGGAAUCCUCCCAGGGAGACCUUUCGGUUCCUGGGGAGAAAAGCUGCGUGGGUAAAGGAGCUUCCGAGAAGCCCUCAGACCCCUACAAGUACAGCAACGACGUGCGGCUGAGCCUCAGCAUCCUGCGCGCUGCCAUGCAGGGCGAGCGCAAGUUCAUCUUCGCCGGCCACCUGAAGACCGGCCACCGGCACCAGUACCAGGAGGAGAUGAUCCAGCAGUACCUCCUGGAUGCUGAGGAGCGCUUCCUGGCCGAGCAGAAGCAAAAGGAGGCGGAGAAGAAGGCGCUGGGGAGCGCCGCCCCUGCCAAGAAGCUGGAGGUGGAGGCGAGGGGCGAGGAAGCCCUGCACGGCCCCGUGUACCCCCAGCCCCCCCCGGCCUACACCAUGCACACCCCGGAUUUGGCCAUCGGCGCUAAAAUGGCCGCGUUUCCCUCCAGCUACUCAGGCGUCUUCACCUUCCCCAGGCCCUCCGUGGUCGGCGGCGGUGCAGAAGGCUCGCACCCCCCCAGCUACCACGAGGGUCGGCGGCAGGUGGCGGGGGGCUCCUGCAGCGGCCUCCCCCCCUACGCCACCCUGCCCCGGCACUGCGCUCAGGCGCGGCCGCAGCCUUCCCACGUGGGGAGGUUCUCCCCCACGGACACGGACGUUCAGCCCAGCUUCCCCACGGAGUGCGAGGCCCCUGCCUGCGUUCCCCCCCAGCACAGCAACGGUUACCGGGAGUACGUGGAGCAGGACGGCCCGCAGAAGGGAGCAGCCGUGGACAAGACGAGAGGCAGGGUUCUUUAUGGCGUUCAGCAGACCAAAUGCAAGCAGCCAAACUGCAGCUUUUACGGGCACCCAGAAACCGGGAAUUUCUGCUCCUGCUGUUACAAAGAGGAGCUGAAACGUAAAGAGCGCGAGGCGCUGGUGCACAGGUUCUGAGCGCUGCCAGGGCCGGACCUGCAGCACGUGAGGAAUGCAAUAAUGUGUGGUUUGUCCCCGCGCUGCUCCUCUCGCUGGCUGGAAGGAGGGAGUGGGCUGACAGCGGCGUUCAGCUCUGCGCUGCGGAGGAGAUCCGGGCGAGGGGCUGGGAGGAGCGGUGCCUCCCUGCAGAGACUGGGGCAGAGGGGCUCAUCCUGCCUGGAUGGGGUCGGCGCAGGGGCGAGCUCAGGUGGGAGCUGGGGGCGGAAGGGGGGUCCGGCGAUCCGUAUCCCAGACCAAAGCUUUCAGCUGGACCCCGACGCCGCCCCGCUCCAAUAGUGCUUCCCAGAACGGAGCGGAACGCCCCAUGAUCCCAGUAAGGAAGUCGCAGACCUUUCAACGGAGAGAUUUUUAUUUUUGUUUUUAACACUUUAUUAUUUUUUUUUUUUCCUGGUACCGAGAGAAACGUUGGAGCGGGAUGUUGUCGUUUUGUUUCGGUGGGACCGAGCCCGUCGGAUGUCUCAGCGCCUUCAGCACCACGGGGGCUCUGCCCUCCCCCCCGCGGGCUCGGCUCUGGUUUUUAAAUACUGUUUUUAAGCUCUUCAGGAGGGCGGGAGGGGGACCGAGGGUGGUGUCAGCGCUGAGCCGUGCUGAGUUUUCCUGCAGCAGAGCCGUUCUGUUGGCGGCACAGAGAUGGCAGAAGGUCGGUGCCCCCACCAGCAAAACCUCUGGCGUGGAGCAGGAGAGAGGACAGAGCCCUGCAGCACGGGAGGUAACGCCGCGCCGCCCUUAGCUUCCAGCCCCACGUGGAUACGCGCGAUAACUUUCUACUUGAGCAAGCUACUUCCAUACUACCUCUGUUCUGCUGAAUAGAAUUAACUCGGCUCCAUUUUGCUGAGCCACGUAACUGACCUUUAGGCUGAGUAAUACGAGAGAUAUUUUUGAUAACAGGGCUAAAGAGCGAGGCGUAAGGAAGGCGAACCCGUCACUGCGUCACUCACAGCCACGCGGCCGCGGCGCUCCCCGCUCGGCCCUGCGGUCGCCGGCGUUCACGUCUCGCAGGGGGGGCUGUGAUUCAGCACUGCGAUGUUUGCACAGAUAUAUUUUUUUUGUUUGUUUUUGUAAUUAGGGAUCCCAAACCGGGCUCCAUCCUCGGCCCAGUCCUGUAUAGAGCGAGGUUCAGCAUUUUACCACGUGGAAAUAAAAGAUGAGUUCUGCCGAUAACUCAAAAGCUUUACAACAUUCCCUUGUUGUUGUUUCUCAGAAGGCACCCAACUAUGCAAUCCCUCCCCGUGCUGCUGCGGGGAGAACCGGGCUGCUUACCUGGAGCAUCGCCCACAGCCUUACAGCUCUCGGUUCUGACAGCAGAUUCUGCCCGUUUCAUGUCUGAAACCCCACAGAAUUUAGGGCCUUUCCCCCUGGAGGCGGCCGGCUGCACCGUGCUGCUGUGCUGCUGUGCUGCUGUGCUGCAGGGCGCCCCGGGCUCAGCUGGCUGUAAAUAGCAGAGUUCUUUCACCGGUUUCACUCACUGAAGUUGGUUUUGCUUUUCCUACCGCUGCUGAUCUGAGUGCAGGGCGGCCGUGAGCCAUUGGAGGUAACGGCGGGGCCGGCGGGGUCUCAUGCAGGGGGCUCAGCUCCCGGCCCAUGGGAACGGCACAGGUCAGUGCAGGGGGCUGCUGGGCUCUCAUUGCAGCGUGAAGCUCUGCGCUCCCUGCCCCAACCGUGGGCAGUGCAGGACAGGGGGGAAGGCAGAUCCCGCUGCUGCCCCGUGGCCACGGUUUGGGGGGAAACAUCUCCAUUUCAGAGCCUCCCACAGCGGGCUGAGCUUUGGGCUCUGGGUUCGGCGCCGCUCCGUGUUUGCUGAUAGCAAAGUGCUGUGAGGGGAGAAGCGUAGGAGAGCAGCGGUUGGACGCGUGCAGCCACGUCGGCUUAUGGAGGAAACAAACCGACCCCAUGGCUGCGGGAGGUGCUGGUGCGGCUCCCAACAGAAAACCAUCUCCUACCCCACGUGGAGCUGCUGCCGCUGCUUCUCCUCCUGAGGGCUUUGGGGGAGAAAAGGGCUUUUGGAGGAGUGCUGCGUCCCCGCAGCGUUCCUGAGGGAGAGGAGAAAGGGGGUCUGAGGGCUGCGACCUCCCUGCUGGGCCGUGGGUGCAGUUUCCCAUUGUGGGGGUUUUGCAGGCGCAGCAGCGCGUGGGGCAGCAGCUUCCCCGCCUGCUCUGCCCUCCAUGCUGUGGGUGGUGGGGUUUGUAGCUUUUUUACACACAAAAUUGGGGAGGAAAAACAAACAAACAAACAAAGCUUUAGGCAAAAUGAGGUUUUCAGUGAAGUGAGUGGAAGGGUAUUUUUUCCUACGAAGCGGGGACCCUCAGCAUCGCCGGCCCUCACAGCUCCACCCGGGGGCGAUGGCUGCAUUUCUUCGGGAUUUUUGCAGGUCCUUUUUGUUUCCUUUAUGGUGAAACGGCAAUUCCGUUUUGUUUUAAAGGGAUCCCUCAAUACAAAUCCUAUUUACUGCAAAGAUCUUCACCAUCCACCGCUUCCUUCCCGCGGCCGCGCUGCAGCCCAGCUCAGGCGCCCGUCUUUAUGAGCGGGGCUGAAGGGAGAGCAGCCCAUCUCCAACGCGCCUCUCCUGGGGGAAAGCACCAAGCUGCUUCCUGGGAUGGGGACGGGGCGGCCGCCGCGAUGCCCAGGGCUUCAAAUGCACUUCUUGGGGUGGUGGGAGGA